UAGCCAAUUGUUCCAGGCUCAUCUUCAGCUUCACAACUCCAAAAAAUUUCUCCCAUUUGAAGCUAUCUUCUGCUUUCUCUAAUGAGUCUAAUCUACCAGUCUUGAUCUGUAACCAUAUUUGGAUCCAUAAUCUGGAGGCGAAGCAAGACAGAUAUCUAGUAGUUCACCUGGGAGAAAAUGACGAUGGAGCAAAGUGAGAUGGGAAGCUUCAUCAAGGUAUGGCUCUCAGUUCUCUUAUCUCUCUGCUACUGCUAUACACUACCUAAGUUUGUGCCGAAAGGAACUCCAAGACUCCUGUGCAUACUCCCAAUCGUGAGCCUCUUUCUAAACCUUCCUCUUCACUUGUCCUCGGUACAUCUUGGGGGAACGACUGGUUUCUUCAUUGCUUGGCUUGCCAACUUCAAGCUCUUGCUUCUCGCCUUCGGUAAAGGCCCUCUGUCUUUCGACCCUUCAAUCUCACUUACCCGUUUCAUCGCCGUCGCUUGCUUGCCGAUCAACAUCCAACCAAACCCUUCUCAGAAAUACCAAAAUGGCCACAGCAAAGAAAAACCAGAAGAAAAGCCACAGAAGGGACAAAAAUCCCCCAUAAAUUACGCAACCAAGGGUCUACUAUUGGGUUUGUUGCUCCAAGCAUAUAACUAUAGCGAGCAUAUCCAUCCAAAGCUCCUAUGGGUCAUGUACUGCUUCCACAUAUAUUUCUUUUUAGAAAUCAUCCUGGUUAUAGUCGCAGCUAUGGCUCGAGCUGCCACCGGACUCGAGCUCGAGCCACAGUUCGACGAGCCUUACCUCGCCUCUUCACUCCAAGACUUUUGGGGCCGGAGGUGGAACAUCAUGGUCACCAGCAUUCUCCGCCCCUCGGUGUACCAGCCCGUCCUCACGGUGGCAACACGUCUAGUUGGGCGCAAGUGGGCCCCACUGCCGGCUGUCUUUGGGACUUUUGUUGUGUCGGCGAUCAUGCAUGAGCUCAUAUUCUACUAUCUUGGGCGCAUGAGUCCCACAUGGGACGUUACGUGGUUCUUUCUUCUCCAUGGGGUGUGUUUGGUGGUCGAGAUCGCUAUCAAGAAGGCAGUUGCUUUACGAAGGUUCCAGUUGCCUAGGGCUAUAUCGGGACCGUUGACUGUGGCGUUUGUGACGGCCACCGUGUUCUGGCUCUUCUUGCCUGCGCUGCUCCGGUGUAAGGCGGAUGUGAGGGCGUUUGCAGAGUACGCCGCCGUCGGCACAUUUGUGAAGAAUGGAAGUCGUGCUUUCAUGUCUAACAUGAUGAACUCCGCUACAUAGCAGAUUAAUUGUAUUGACAUUGUUGUGGAAACUAGCUAGGUGCAUUGCAGAUUGUGUGCAUGCGAGAGUUUUUAACUACCUGGCUCGCCUACACGUAUCCUCUUCUUAAUCUAAUCAUGUUGGAAGUAGGGUGGUGGUAUGACUGUGCUUAUUGAAGUGUGGCUUUAUCUGAAGGAUACAAGGUUGUUGCGGUAUUCUACUGUCCUUAUGUUCAGCGGAUCAAGGAGUGUUGCUCUGUGCAUUCCAACCCUAUUAUUCGCUGUUUAUACCUUACCAAGAGUUGUGGUAUUCUACAUGUAUGCAUUACUUUACUUGUAUAAUUUGUUGUAGUUGAUAGAGUUUAUCUCUUUUGUCAGUUGAUAGAGUUUAGUCUAGUCUUUGUAUAACUUGUUUCCUAAUGGAGUCUUUCCAAUAAAGAUCAUUUUGUUGA